AUGCUCCUAACCACCCUGGCAGCUCCAGGGAAUCCAGGGUGGGUGGAGCGAGAAGCUGGGCGCGCCGCUGCCACCCCAACUGGGCCACUCCUCGAGCCGUCAGCGCCUCAGCCCCCGGUGCCACGUCCCGGCCUCCGUUCCUCCUCUGGAAGCCCAGGACUCGCUCUCCUGCAGAUGCCCCCGGUGGGCCACACCUCCGACAGUAAGGAGGGGACAGUUAGAGCGGUUGGAACGCUUGUCUCCGUUCCGGCCGCCCCAGAACCCAAGCCCGGCCUGGCCCAGCGGGCCCUGAGCCACAGCCCCGCGGUCAGACAGGCUCCCCAGGGGCAGGCCUCGGCGCUGCCCGCCCAGCUCGACCCCAGAGGCUGCCUCGCACCGGAGCUCACCGCCAAUGUGUCAAAAGCGCAUGUUCGCCGCCGCUCGGCCGACGUCUCUGCUCUGCUGGCCUGGCCAGGCCCGCCCAGCCUCUCAGCUCUGCUCCCUUCCGCAGCCCUGAGCUCCACUCCGCGUACCCCCGCACCGGGCUCCUCCCCGACACGUCAGGGGCUCCCUGGGUGUCGGAGGCCAUUCUGUGACGCACGGGGGCGGAGUCGAGAGCAUGCGCAGAAGCAGGCGGGAGGAGCAGUGGGAGGCAAGCGUCACAUGGAGCCGUCCGAGGCCUUGCGCGUUGACGUCAGCCUUGCGACACCGUCCUGCGCAGGCGCCGCCCCUGGCCACCGAAGGAGUAAGAAACAGCAAGAUGAAGUUCCCCAAGGUCACUCAACUACAGCGCGAAUUCAAACUCAGAAGCUGUAUUAUCCACUACUACGCUGACAAGGGAAACAUAAGCUAGACCAUGGGGCUAAAGUGCUUUCUCUACACUACUGUUAACCAUAACAACAUUUGAAACUGAAAUCAUUAGAUCUAUUUUCUAUAUUGUAACGUAAGUCUCAAAACAGGUCUGCUUUCCAGGCCAGUGUCCUGGAACAGUUUUGAAACUCAGUCUGGCUUCCCUACCUGACUGAAAUUGUACUCAGUCUAAUCAGACUUCAGGCAGGGAAGUGAUUAAUGAAGGCUUUCCUACAGACCUGGUGCCAAGACAGCAACAGUCCCACCCGAACAGGAAAAGAUAAAGGCCUAAGCUUCUGUUCUGCCUCCUGGCUGAGGUGCUAAGAAACACACUGAGUCACCUAAUGGCUGGCCAAGCCCUUCACAAAACAUUGACAUCAUCUCUCAGGCUGCUGCCCCUCCCGUUUGCUCUGGCCCUAGGACUGGCAUCAUCCCCUUCUUAAUGAAUGGGCUUAGCUUGGCAGAGCCCUCAGAAGCCAAAGGCCCUGCUCUGAUCUUCUUCAUUGGCCCAGGGGCUGGAAUAGGGUAAGAGUCAGCAAACUGCCCCACCUCCUUCCAUUACACCAAAUCCAUGGGAAAUAAAUCAGUAAAGAAGAUGACAAUCUCAAAAGGAAGCACAAGUCACAAAACCCAGCUUAUUUAUCAGAGGAGAAAAGGUAAAGGCUGCCAUACCCUUCUAACUUGAGAAAGCAUUCCAAAGCACUCUGCAUAGGUUCUAGUACAAGAUCCUUUUUGGACUGAACCAGAAAGUUCAAUGUAACAAUCUCUGAGAAUACAUAUAAAUACACCAUCAUCUUCCCUGCUACAAAAUACAAGAAACAGAUCAAGUUCCACCCUUCCAAUGGGUGAUCAGCUACCAAAAGAGAGAUCUGGGUCCAAACUCCAGCUGCUUUGGAGAAUGCUGGACUUUGGCCCAUCACAUACUCAAAAAAGAUAACUUUUAGCUAAGGUUCUACUGCUGCAAUGAAACACCAUGACAAAAUAGCAAGUUGUCAGGGAAAGGGUUUAUUCAGCUUCCACUUCCAUAUCACUGCUCAACACCAAAGGAACAGGACAGGAACUCAAAACAGGGCAGAAACCUGGACACAGAAGG